AUUUUCUUUUUACGCUAAAAAUAUCAAUGUGGAUAUUCUUGUUGUCGAGCGUUUAGCGUCCGCCGCCGUCCUUUCCGGAGACCAAAACAAACGGACGACCAUGGCUAAGAGAACGAAGAAAGCUGGUAUCGUGGGCAAGUAUGGUACCCGUUAUGGUGCCUCACUUCGUAAAAUGGUGAAGAAGAUGGAAAUCACCCAACACAAGAGACACACUUGCACCUUUUGUGGAAAGGAGGCAAUGCGUCGUAAAGCAACUGGUAUUUGGUCCUGCAAGCCUUGCCGUCGCACAGUUGCUGGAGGUGCAUAUACAUACUCUACUGUCGCUGCUGCUGGUGUGCGAUCCUUUAUUAGGAGGAACAAGGAUUUGAAGGAGAAAGAAGCAGCAUAAAUAAAUUGAUUAUUUAGAAA